AUGUCAGGAAAGCAGAAGCUGGGUGUGGUCCAUCAGAAUGCAAUUCACGUUGAGACGGUCCGGAAAGAGCAAAGACACCAGAAGCUCCACACGGAGUUCAGCAUCAACCCACACCGGAAACUCCAUGUCAUACCAGACAAACCCAUGUCUAGAAAACCAAAAGAAGUGAUUGCAGAGAACUCUGGCUUCAUCGAGGCCCUCCACAAGGCCCACCUGGAACCCACCAAGAAGUAUUCAAUGCCACAGACUGAGAGUCAAGAGAUAGGAUGGAUGUCAACGCCGCUGAUCCCAUCAAACCGCAUUGACAGAAGAUUCAAUUUCUACAGAUUCGGCACAGACAUCACCAAACAUAAAGAAGCCGCCCUGCUUGCAUCAAAUUAGAGCAAGACAGAAUGUAAAUAAAGUCAAACUCCAAA